UUCUCCUUCUUCCACACUUUGAAUUCACGCUGCGCCCGGCUUCCUCCCAUGCAUACGAAGCAGCAGUGCUCCCAUUACUUCCCAAUUACUCCUCUCGCUCCCACCCUCUUCUACCUUCUUCCCUUCAAUUGUCAUUCUCAGUCCAUCACUCGAGCCUAGCACUAGCACUAGCAUCAUUUUCACCAACCUUCUACCCGUGCUCGGUAAUCUUCUCCCCGCGUUUCUUGGCUCGCCGCGGAAUUUCCAUCGCACCAACCACCGGCUGCACCAUAUCUUUCUUUUUCUCUCGCCUCACCGUAAUCCUGAAUUUUCAUCACGCCGACACCGACCGAGCCAUCCACCGCCCUCCACUUUCCCAGCGAGCAAAUCCAAUCUUCGCAACCACAUUGCUGCGGCCCUUCUUCCCUUUUGCACCCGAUCACCCACCCCGAUCAACUUCCUCUUCCUCCCCGCUCCCUUUCCCGUGCCGCCGUGUCCAGCAUCUGGCCGUUUGCGAGGCAGAGUCCGAUGAUCUUUGCGGCUUGAUUGCUCCGGGCGCGGCCAGAGAUCCAGCAAUCCGAGGGGAGCAAGAAGCUGCAGAGUGGUGGUACCUUUGCUCGGGCAGCUCCCUCCCAUAAAUGUCGGAGUCGGAGCUGUCCCGGAGCACGGUGCUGUUCGGGCUGCGCUUGUGGGUGCUCCUCGCCAUCGCCGUCGGCGCCGCCUCCGUGCUGCUCCUUGUCCUCCUCUCCGUCCUCUGCUUCCUCGGCUCACGCCGGCGCCGGCCAACCACCCCCGCCCACCACCUCCCCACGUCCGCGCCUCCGAGUAAGGAUGCCAGGAAGGUCAACGCGCCCGAGGGCAUCCAGGAAGCCCCCUCCCACGCCGCCGCCGCGAAGAUGCCGCUGGCGCGGGUGCUCCAGUCCCCCAUAACGCCGCCGCCAUCGGUCAAGGAGCAGCGCGUGACGUACCCGGAGCAGCCCCCGCACCACAGCCACCGGAGCAGCGGGAUGCCGUCGUCGCAGGGCAGCACCUGCGAGAGCGGGGACGGCGCGGCCCCGGCGCACCACGCGCCGAAGGCGGCGCCGGAGGUGUCGCGCCUCGGCUGGGGCCACUGGUACACGCUCGAGGAGCUGGAGACGGCGACGGAGAUGUUCGCCGACGAGAACGUGAUCGGCGAGGGCGGGUACGGGAUCGUGUACCACGGCGUGCUCGAGGACGGCACGCAGGUCGGUGUCAAGAACUUGCUUAACAACAGGGGGCAGGCGGAGAAAGAAUUCAAGGUUGAGGUCGAAGCAAUUGGGCGUGUUCGGCACAAGAACCUGGUGCGCCUUCUAGGAUAUUGUGCCGAGGGGAAUCAAAGGAUGCUUGUGUACGAGUAUGUUGAUAACGGCAACUUGGAACAAUGGCUCCACGGGGACGUUGGACCUGUAAGCCCCCUUACAUGGGAACAUAGGAUGAAGAUCAUACUAGGGACAGCAAAAGGGUUAUUGUAUUUGCAUGAGGGGCUUGAACCAAAGGUGGUUCACCGGGACGUCAAGGCAAGCAACAUCCUUCUUGAUAAGCACUGGAAUGCUAAGCUCUCCGAUUUCGGACUUGCGAAACUCUUAGGCUCAGAGCGAAGUUACGUAACUACACGAGUUAUGGGAACUUUCGGGUACGUUGCUCCAGAGUAUGCGGGGACUGGGAUGUUAAAUGAAACAAGCGAUGUAUAUAGUUUUGGGAUCCUUGUCAUGGAAAUAAUAUCUGGUAGAGUACCAGUGGAUUAUAACAGGCCACCUGGAGAGGCAAAUUUAGUUGAUUGGCUAAAGACAAUGGUGAGCACCCGAAACUCUGAGGGGGUUGUGGAUCCAAAGAUGCCCCAGAAGCCUGCCUCUAGAGCAGUGAAGAAAGCUUUGCUCGUGGCGUUGCGAUGUGUGGACCCUGAUGCUUCCAAGAGGCCAAAGAUUGGACAGAUCAUUCACAUGCUUGAAGUUGAGGAUUUCCCCUACAACAGAGAUGAACGUCGAGGCGGUAGAGCUCCAACGAAGGCAAGGUUGCCCGGGAAACCGACUAACGGAAUAGAUGAUGGCGAAAUUGACAACAGUGGGGACCAUGACCAACCUUUCAGAUGGAAAAAUACAGUGGCCUAGGCAUUUGUUCAGUUACCAAAUCAUGUGGAACCCCAUGUUGUAAAUAGGGGCAAUACCUGGUGAAGCCGCAAACUGUCAUUAUUUUAGUGUCAGCCAUGGAGGACAUCACAUCAUAUGUAUAUGUCAUCAAAGGAACGCGGCAGCGGUAGUAGUAAUCCUUGAUUAUUUAUCCAAUUGGAGAUGUUUUUA